UGAACUGUGUUUUGGAACAUUAAAAACUAUAAACACCAGUCUAUGCUUAUAAAUAAAUGGACAUACGAAUUUUAAAGCUACCUGUAUUUUAAUUAAAAAUGAGUGGCCAAUUCAAAGCUUUUGUGACUGAAAAAGAAGUUCAAGAGCAAAGGGACCGCCGUCAAGCUGAGUGGGAAAGAGUUAGAAAACCAGAAGAUCCUAUAGAAUGUCCAGAGGAGGAGACCAGGUCACUUUUUGACCAGUUACAAGCUAACAAAGAACUGAAGGAUAGAGAGCUUGAAGAUGAGACUAAAUUACGAAGUAGUGUAAAAGGUCUUGAUGAUGACGAGGUUCAGUUCCUAAACUUCGUGUCAAACAGGCAGGUGCAGAUAGAAAAGGAUCGGAACAUGGAAGAGAAGUCUGUCAUUGAAGAAAUGAAAAAUGCAAAUGUAGUAAAGGUAAAUGAGAAAAAAGAAAGAUCUCCAGACAGCAACAAAUCAUCAAGUUCCAUCACAAAGUCAAAUUCACAAAAGCUAUUAUUGCAGGGUGCAAUUAAAAGGAAAAGUACAACAGAAGCGAACUCUGACACAGAUGAUAAAAAGCAAAAAGCGAAUGGUGACAGUGAUGAUCCACCAGACAGCAAGCUGAUGGCAGGGAUCCCCAAAAACAGUGGCAUAAUGGUUGUAGCCGGCAUCCUGCCAGGGAUAGCUGACUACGGGGAGGAGGACAGCAGCACGGAGAAUGAAAGUAACUCAAGCGACUCUGAGGCUGACCACAUGAUCCUACCCAGUGCUCCCACACAAAGGAUACUGCAGGAAAUGGUACAAAGGCUAAAGGAAGAGGGCUGUGGGUAAUGUUAGUGCUUUAGAAGGAUGGGGCGGGAGGGUCGUUUUGAUUGAUAUAGGUUGCUAUUAGUGGUACCAAGGCAUAAGAACUAACAGCUUAAGAAUGAUGUUGUUUAACUAUAUUUCUAUAGUGUUAUAAAUUCUUGAAUAAAGCUUUCAGUUAUUAAAUUUUCUGGAAUUAGUCAAGGAGAAUUUAGUAUAACUAAAUUAAAAAAAUGUUUACCAUAGUUAUUAAAGUAAUCUUUAAUUUGGAAUGUGUAAUGUUUUUGUUGGGGCAGAGUUAGUUAUUGAAUCGUAUUCAAUAAGCUGAUCUGUUUAAACACAUUUAGAAAAAAACUGUUGUAUCAUAGAAGUAAAAAAUAAUAACCUCUAAUAAAAACAACAAAACAGAGAUUAAAGUUGUCAUUUAUUAUCUUGUGAUAUUUACACCAUUAAGAUGUGCAUAAACACAAAGGACAGAGCACAUAAAGUAAAUCUAGUCCAUUGCUAACAGCAAAAUUAUAAUAGCAGUCCAAAACACAAUGUGUUUAAAGAAAUUCUUGUGUGUGCAAAAAUUGUAUUAGCAACAGAUUUUAAUAAAUUUUUUCCAGCAAAGAUGUAAGAAAAUAUUUUUCAAAGAACACAAUUUAGAACGGAUAGGUAUUACAAAUAAAUCUUAAUAGACAGAAAUAUAUUUAGGGAAUUCCAAUCGCAAAAUAUAAAAAAAAACAUUGGAUUUUGAGUUGAACAUUAUUACUGAGAAGAAGUACAGAAAUGGAUUUACUGAAAAGAUUUUUUAAAAAGUAAUAUUGUCAACAACAUGUAUAGAGUAUGCUGGUCAAGGCUGCGAAAAAACUUCAGUUAAUCAAAGGCUCUAUUGUACUCACCGGGAGAUGGGCCAGGCUCCAAAAUUUUUAUGCACAAAUUUUUUUCACGAAUCUUAACUAGAAUAGUAGUAU